AUGGAACCAAACAUGGGCCAACAAAAACACUUGCAACAGUCACCGCAACUGCCAGGGCAGCAGCAGCAGCAGCUGCUGCAACAACAGCAUCUUCUCCCACAUGAACAUGUCCAAAUCAAGGAAAGCUUUUUGGUUGGCAAAGCGCUUCUCAACUUUACAUCAAUCUUUGUGUCGUUGGGAGUAUUCCUCUUUGGAUUCGAACAGGGUCUUAUGUCGUCAUUGAUCACCAACAACUACUUCAAAUACUACUUCAACGACCCUUCUCCAUCUCAAAUUGGUAUAAUGAUAGCCAUCUUGGAGAUUGGUGCUUUAUUCUCCUCAUUUGUCGCUGGCCGUGUUGGUGACCUUGUCGGUAGAAAAAGAACCAUCAGAUACGGCUCAUUCAUAUUUGUUAUCGGCGCAGCAAUCCAAGCUUUUGCCCCCAAUAUUUUCAUAUUGAGCGGCGGCAGGUUCAUUGGUGGUGUGGCCAUUGGAUUCCUCACCACAAUUGUCCCCAUUUACCAAUCCGAAAUCAGUCCUCCCUCUGAUCGUGGGUUUUAUGCAUGUGCCGAAUUCACCGGUAACAUUGUUGGAUAUGCAGCCAGUAUUUGGGUUGAUUACGGCUUUUCCUUUGUGGAUAGCGACUACAGCUGGAAAUCACCGCUUUUGGUGCAAUUGGGUAUGGGCGUGCUACUUUGGUUGGGAACUUUUAUCAUUGUUGAGACUCCACGUUGGUUAUUAAACCAUGACCAUGAUUUGGAAGGAAUGAUUGUUAUUGCAGACAUGUACGCCGACGGCGACGUUGAAGACGACCACGCCAAGAGUGAGUAUAGACAAAUCAAAGAAGGUGUGUUGAUUGAUAGAAUUGAGGGUGGCGAAAGAUCGUACGAGUAUUUAUUCAAAAAAUACGCCAAACGAUUAUCUGUGGCUUGCUUUGGACUCAUGUUUUCACAGUUGAAUGGUAUAAAUUUGAUUUCCUACUACGCGCCAAUGAUUUUUGAAAGUGCCGGAUGGGUCGGACGCAAAGCUAUUUUUAUGACGGGUAUCAAUUCGAUAGUGUACGUGGCAAGCACCAUCCCACCAUGGUAUUUAGUGGACUCGUGGGGAAGAAAGCCAUUGCUCAUGUCCGGUGCAUUAUUAAUGGGCUCAACCUUGUAUAUAGCCGGUUGGUCGUUGCAUCUCAAUAAUGAUCAAACAGCAGUGAUUGUAGUUACGUGUAUCAUUAUCGCCAAUGCAGCGUUUGGAUACUCAUGGGGUGGAAUUGGAUGGCUCUUGCCUGCAGAGAUUUUACCAUUAUCAGUGCGUUCGAAAGGAGCAGCCAUUGCUACAGCAACAAACUGGCUUUCCAAUUUCAUUGUUGGUCUUGCAUCACCUAUAUUGUUGGACCAAAUCAAAUGGAAAACAUACUUGAUUCCAGCAACAUCCUGUGUUAUUUCUUUUUUUGCCGUGUGGUACUUGUUCCCCGAGACAAAAGGAUUAUCAUUAGAAGAAAUGGGAUCUGUAUUUGACGACAAAUCAUCUAUUUUCUCUUACCACGCUUCAGGAAGUGUUGGAGAGGGCGCUAGCAGCAGCAGUAUUCGGAACUAUGGUGCAAUCUCUGAAAGAAGACUCUCGGGCACACCCAACAAUAUUGACUCACCACAACUUGAUAACAGUGUUCAAACCGCAGCAUCGAUGCAGAGAAACCCAGCAACCAUGCGUCCAGAAUUGGACAAUAUAAUUACUGGUGCUAGUGCAAAUCUCAUACCUACAUUACAGUCGGGCCCUGGCUCAGGUCCUGGCUCUGGCUCAGGUUCAGGUUCAGCUUCUAACUUGGGUACUGGUCUGUCUGGCAAUAUAAAGCCAAUCAAAUCAGAUGCUGGAUCCAUUUCAUCAGAAGGUUUGCCCGAUGCAAAUGCAAUCAUCCAAGAGAUUGAGCCACCAUCACUAGGUGACAUAUUGAAAUUCAAGGCCCAAGAGGCCAAAAAGCCAUACUUUUUGACUAAAUGGUGGCUGUAUAAAGAUGAAUCCAAACCAUCAGAAGUUGAUGAACAUAGUAGAUUAGUUUAG